AUGGCUCAAGAGUGGAAACUGAAGGAGCUGUCGAAGCUCGACCUCAAUAACUAUGACAAGGUUGAAGCAGAGGUGGAGGGCAUUGAGGGGGGAAAGGUCGUUAUUGUCAAGGUCCAAGAUAAAAUCCACGCCUUGAACGCCAACUGCACUCACUUUGGAGCUCCUCUGAAAAACGGUGUCCUGAGCCCGGAUGGUCGCUUGACUUGCCCGUGGCAUGGAGCGUGUUUCAAUGUGUCCACCGGUGAUGUCGAAGAUGCACCCGCACCUCACGCACUGAACAAGUUUGAUGUCUUCGAGAAAGAUGGAGGAGUUUACAUCAAGGGUAAAGAGGCCGAUAUUAAGGGCGGCAAGAGAACAGUCAACAUCAAAACUACCCCUCAGUCAGACGAGAAGGUAGUCAUUGUCGGAGGAGGCAGCGGUGCUUUCGGUGCCAUCCUCAAGCUACGAGAACUCGGAUUUAAGGGCAAGGUUACUGUCGUCGGACAAAAAGGCUAUCCUAUUGAUCGCACCAAGCUCUCCAAGGCCCUCAUUACCGAUGAGACCAAGUUGUACCUGAACCCACCAGAGUGGUACGCUGAUGGCUCGAUUGACUUCGCCAAGGAGGUCUGCGCCGGCGUUGAUUUCAGUGGCAAGACUGUCAAGACUGAGUCUGGCAAGUCGUACUCCUACACCAAGUUGAUCCUUGCGACUGGCGGUACCCCGAAUGGACUGCCAUUACCUGGUUUCAAAGAUCUAUCUAACAUUUUCGUCCUCCGAGACGUCGAUGAUGUCCAGAACAUCAUGAACGCUGUCGGUGAUAAAGGCAAGAAAAUCGUGGUCAUCGGCACCUCAUUUAUUGGUAUGGAAGUCGCCAACGCACUCGCCAAGGAGAACACUGUCACGCUUGUUGGCAUGGAAGACGCACCCCUUGAGCGUGUGAUGGGCAAGCAGGUCGGCCAAAUCUUCCAGAAGAUGCUGGAGAAAAACGGCGCCAACUUCCACAUGGGUGCUUCGGUCGACUCAGCAAGUGGCUCUGGUUCCGUGAAAGCAGUCAAGCUCAAGGAUGGCACGGAAAUCGAAGCCGACCUCGUCAUUCUAGGUGUAGGCGUCAAGCCAGCAACCCAGUAUCUCAAGGACAACAAGGAAGUCCACCUCGAGAAAGACGGCAGUCUCUCCGUCGACGAGAGCUUCAAGGUCAAAGGCGUCUCAGACGCGUGGGCGAUCGGUGACAUCGCAACCUAUCCCUACAACGGCCCCAGCGGCAACAACACACCCGUCCGCAUCGAGCACUGGAACGUCGCGCAGAACAUGGGCCGCAGUGUCGGCCAACAGCUCGCUCAGCCCGGCAGCAAGCCCAAGCCAUUCAUCCCCGUAUUCUGGUCCGCCCUCGGCGCCCAGCUGAGAUACUGCGGCUCGACACCCAACGGAUGGGACGACGUGGUUUUGACCGGCGAGCCAGAGAACAGCAAGUUUGCCGCCUACUACUGCAAAGGCGACACUGUCGUAGCCGUGGCUACGAUGGCGACCGACCCGGUCAUGGUCAAGGUUGCCGAGCUGAUGCGUCGCGGAGAGAUGAUCAGCAAGAAGGAGAUUCAGGGAGGGCAGGACGUGCUGAAAGUCAACCUGUAG